CACGGUGGCGUAAGGAACAAGCUCCUUGUCUUAGCAUUCGGCAAUUCGGUGGCAUCGAAGCAUCCUCUUGUUCCUCCUCUGUUUUGUCCUGUGCUGUCCGGGUGGCUGAACAGUUGAACAGUUGAAUAGAAGUUUCAUCCUAUUUAGUAGCCAAAGCGAAGACGGCUCGUGUGUGCUGUGUGAAUGGUCUGUCGUAGUCGUCGUCGUACAACCACCCCGUGGUCGAUUCAGUUGAAGUGGAUUCAGAUAAAGUGUGAUAAAAUCAGAGUCAGAUUCGAGAUUGGAGUCGAAAUCGCAGGCUCUAAGUCGGUUUUCGGUGCACAAGUUUAAUGACUUUCCGGCAUUCCUAGAGUCCUGUCCCUCCUCCCCUGCUGUCUGCAUUGCGAUUUAAUCCAAUAGAGGAUUUGGCAAUCACAUUACUUACCGGAUUACGACGGGGAGGCUCGAACUGUCCACUUGCAGCCUGUCUCGUGUCGGAGGACCACGUUCCAACUCAGACCGAGUCCUGUUCUCUCGUUUCCGUUUCGAUAGUGUGUUAAUUUCAUAAUCGAAUUUUCAGUUCAAUUUUCGAGAGGAGCAACUAUGAAAAAUGAAAAUCGAUAAGAUACGACUAGUCGACUGCUCGACAUUUCAAAUUUAGUAAAGUGCGGUUCGCUCCUGUCGCCCGCUCCUCUAGCGGAAAGGACUUCUGAAGCUUUUGAUUUAGUGUGCUCCCUCGUCCUAUCGUCAAAGACUCCUCCGGCUGGAAUUCAUUGCAGGAGGCCCGACGGGUAUUUGCCCGGCAUUUCCGCAAGACGCAAGGAAGGCAGCGUUGAGGUGGUGCAUCGUUGCGAGGGGUUGUGUUGCAGGACCAGGAACUGGGAAGAGGAGAGGUGGCCUUAGUUCGAUGGACGGAAUGAUGCUCUCAAAAUCGGAUCAUUGAGCCGCAUGUGUGCUUGGUACCUACAAAUAAUUUGAUAUAGUGAAGUGGACGUGACGUGCGAUGGUUGAUAGUAGUCGGCCACAGUGAAUGGAGGGAUGCUUCGGAACGUAGUGGUCGGUGUUGUCCUGGAGUGUGUCAAGUGUUGAAUGCAUACUCCCAAAACAAUCGGUAGAUGGUUGGUGAAAUCGAAGUAUUAUACAUUCACUGGAUUCGUUGAGGCCAACCAUUAUCCAUCCAUCAAGUGCUUCACUGCAGCAAUCCAGACACCUGCCUAUUGUCCGCGAUCGUAAAGAGGAGCAUAAUAGCCGCCUAAAUUGCGGUGAUAAAUUAUUUAAGAAAAAUGAAAUUAUGAGUUUUUUAUUGCAGCUAUAAAAGCCGAAAGUAAUGUGAAAAAUGUCUUUUCAAAAAGCCGGUGGACUAGUGUGCGAGUGCUGCAAAAAGCAACGGAAAGUCGACAUUUUUGUAUACACUUGAGGAAGCAUCUUCCCCAAAAAGGAAAGAUAGACCAGAGACAGGGUGAAGUAAGUCAAGCCAAAGCAACGUAGACCGGGUCCUGUCGGAAGGACGAGGGGUCGAAAAUUCGCGAGAGUCGAUUCGAGGACAAUGCCGGGCGGUAUGUCGUCCUUGCGAAACGAGCGAGAUAGUGAGUGUGUGUGAAGUGAGUGAGUGAUUAUUUAUUAACAGGUGGCAAAAAUAAAAUAUAAAAGCAACGAUAAACAAUUUUCAAAGUGAAGACAUCCUGGAAGACUCUCAACAGCACUCGACUCGGCGGCUUCAUAUGAAACCCCCGAACCCCAAACUCUCAGCGACAGCAGUAACGUCGUCAGUGGCAACAACAACUACAGAGAAUAUCCUUGAAAUCGUGAGUCGGUGGGCACCUGUGGGGAGAAGGAUAUGGUCGCCCAUUUAUCCGUUCGGCGGUUGCGUUUUGCGACAGCACUGAAUAUUUCACGACCAGAUAAAAUGUAAUGGAAAACAUUAGAACGCAUAAAAAAUGGAUUUACACAGCCUUCUUAAGGCUGCGCUUAUCCUCUAUGUUUUUGGCGAUUCCAUUGGAUUAGAUCUUCAAGGGCCCAUAUUUCUGCAUGAACCGGCUCACAAAGUGGAAUUUUCCAAUAAUUCCGGAGGACACAUAGAAUGUUCUGGUCACGGGAGUCCACCACCCGAGGUCGAAUGGUCCCCAAUACCGCCGCAACAAGAUUUAGUUUUCAGUUUACAGAAUGGCAGCCUUUUAUUUUAUCCUUUUUCAGCGGAAAAAUAUCGUCAUGAGAUUCACUCUACAGUGUACAGGUGCAAACUGAAAAAUUUAGUUGGGACCGUUCUGAGCAGGGAGGUUCACGUCAGAGGAGUUGUCAACCAGAAAUACACCGUGCAGGUCCACGAUGAAUACGUCAUGUCUGGGAACACGGCUGUCCUAAAAUGUCAGGUACCCAGCUACAUGUCGGAAUUCGUAAUGGUCACCGCGUGGGUCCAGGAUUCCGGAAUGCACUUAUAUCCCAACACAGAUAUCGGGGGCAAGUACACAGUCCUGUCUAAUGGCGAGCUAUACAUAAAUAAUGCCGGUCCAAAUGAUGCAUUUAAAACUUACACAUGUCGAACUGUAAAUAGGCUAACAGGUGAAAUACAAAUCUCAACAUAUCCAGGACGAAUAAUUGUGACGGAACCGAAGGGCUUAGUGCAACCUCGAAUAAAUGUAGAGAAACACUCACUUAGACAUGUAGUACUCAACGGGCAAACAACAUUGCCGUGCAUAGCUCAAGGACAUCCGGUCCCUACGUACAGGUGGUUCAAGGAGGAAAACGAACAGCUUCUACCGCUACAGCUCAGCGAAAGAAUUACAAUGGUAUCAGCGGGUUUACUCAAGAUUACAAAGGCGAGACUGGAGGAUAGUGGGAAGUACUUGUGCUGGGUAAACAACACAGCAGGCGAGGAGACAAUACAAGUGGCCCUUACAGUAACAGCACCGCUCACGGCACACCUGCAGCCUCAGGUACAAACAGUCGACGUGGAUAAGGACGCACAAUUUCAGUGUAUAGUUUCAGGACAUCCCGUCCAGGAUGUUAAUUGGUUACAUGAUGGAAAACCAAUCCUGAGAGAUAAUCGAAUUGAGAUUCAUUCCGAUCCACCACGAAUUAUUAUUAAAAAAGUUCAAAAAGAGGACCAGGGAAUGUAUCAGUGCUUCGUGACGAACGAAUGGGAACAGAUACAAUCGACUGCCGAGCUUCAAUUAGGGGACGCAUCACCGGAGCUCCUCUACUGGUUUUCCGAACAAACAUUACAGCCAGGACCAACCGUCUCCUUAAAAUGCGUCGCAACGGGCAAUCCUCCACCACAGUUCACGUGGUCCCUAGACGGUUUUCCGAUACCGGAUAAUUCAAGAUUUCUAGUUGGACAGUAUGUUACCAUUCAUGACGAUGUCAUCAGCCAUGUCAACAUUUCAAACGUGAAGGAGGAGGACGGCGGCGAGUAUACGUGCACGGCUCAGAACAGCAUCGGCAAGGUAUCACACAGUGCAAAAGUAAAUAUUUAUGGUCUCCCGUACAUUCGGGAAAUGCCCAAGAUAACUGGCAUUUCUGGCAGUGACUUGAUAGUGAAAUGCCCAGUGGCCGGAUAUCCAAUUGAUAAGAUCGUUUGGGAGCGGGACGGACAAACUUUGCCCAUUAACCGAAGACAACGAGCAUACAACAAUGGAACCCUUAUCAUCGAACAACUGCAAAGGUUAAGCGACGCGGGGACGUAUACGUGCAUGGCUCAGAAUAAGCAGAAGCAAACAGCAAGGAGGAAUGUGGAGAUCCAAGUUUUGGUUCCACCGAAAAUUAUGCCGAUCCAAGCCAUGACUGAUGUCCUACGCGAAGGAAUGAGAGCCGCAAUUUCAUGUCAAAUUCUCGAGGGUGAUUUACCGGUUAGUUUCCGGUGGGAAAGAAAUGGAAAACCGCUCCUCGGUACCGGAAACGAAAUAAUCCGCCGUUUGGAUGGCUACUCAGCAAGUCUGGUCGUUGAAAACAUCACAUCCGAGCAUUCAGGGAACUACACAUGUAUCGCAAGCAAUGUAGCCGGAACUGAAAAGUUCACUGUUCCUCUAACUGUUAACGUACCUCCAAAAUGGCUUCUCGAGCCCAAGGAUUCAGGCGCUCAGGCCGGUCAAGACGUCCUCCUACACUGCCAAUCGGAAGGCUACCCUAAGCCAACCAUCACAUGGAAAAAAGCCAUCGGUACAACCCCCGGUGAAUACAAAGAUUUCAUCUACGAACCGAAUAUUACACUUUUUCCGAAUGGAUCCAUUUACUUCAAAAAAAUCACAAAGGAAUCACAAGGACAUUAUUUGUGCGAUGCGAAAAAUAACAUCGGGUCGGGUGUUAGUAAGGUGAUUUUCCUGAAAGUCAACGUUCCUGCUCAUUUUACAACGAAGAAUAAACAGCUUUCCGUAGCCAAGGGCAAGCAAGUCCAUUUGCAAUGUAACGUUCAAGGUGACAAUCCCAUUGAUAUCAAGUGGAGGAAUCAGAAUACCCAACAGCAUCUGGACGAAUCGCUGGACUCGAGGUACAAAUUGCGAGAACAAGUCGUCGACGACGGGAUGAUGUCAGAAUUGGGGAUUUCGCACACUUAUCGACAGGACACUGGGAUUUAUAUAUGCCAAGCCAGUAAUGCUUUCGGACAGGAUGAAAUGUCAAUACAACUAAUCGUCCAAGAAGUUCCUGAACAACCAAAAAAUCUUCGCAUCAAUUCGCAACAAUCUCGUAGCAUGCAACUCACGUGGAGUCAACCCUUCGCCGGGAAUAGCCCCAUCGAGGACUACCAUAUUUUUUAUAAACAAAUCACAGAUAAUUGGCAAAGUGCCGAAAGGAUAUCAGUCACAGGAACACAGACCGUCGUGACUAUCCAAAAUCUACGACCAGCCAAAGCAUAUCACAUACGAAUGUCCGCCGAAAAUAAAUUAGGAUCAUCGGAAUUUUCGGAAAUCGUACAAGUAACAACUUUAGAAGAAGUGCCUUCAGGACCGCCUCUCAAUGUCCGGGGCGAAGCCAAAAGCUCAACAGAGAUAUUUGUAUCUUGGGAAGCUCCGGAUCGGGAUCAUUGGAAUGGUAUUUUGCUUGGAUACUAUGUUGGCUAUCAAGUAGCCACCAGUCCCGACGAUAAGGAAAUUAAUCCCACGCAAGGAUUUAAUUUCAAAACGGUCGAAGUUCGAACCCAUUUCGGCGGCGAGACCGUACUAACGAAUCUCAAUAAAUUUACUUUGUAUAAUAUUGUUGUUCAGGCGUAUACAAGCCAAGGAAGUGGACCCCCCAGCAAGGAGAUAAGUGUACAUACACUGGAGGAUGUGCCAUCCAGUCCUCCAGAAAGUCCCCAAUGUGAUGUCCUUAGCUCAACGUCCAUUUACAUCACUUGGUCACCCCCAGAUAUUGAUGGCCAAAAUGGAAAAAUUAAAGGUUACAAAAUAUACUACAUAUCAGUCGAUGAUCUUUACGAAAGAGAUCCAGAUGUCGUGAAGUCUCCAAAUCAAUACCUGACAGUUGAGAACUUAAAAAAAUACACAAAUUACUCAAUCUGGGUUCUGGCCUACACAAAAAUGGGAGACGGAGCCAAAACAAAGCAGUUUUUUUGCCGGACUCAUGAAGAUGUUCCAUCGGCGCCUCAGGAUAUUAAGGCUAUACCUGCAUCAAGUAAAAGAAUCAUCAUUUCAUGGCUCCCACCCGCAAACCCCAAUGGCGAAAUUACGGGCUACACUUUCUACAUGUCAGUCAUGGAAAGUGGACAUGAAGAUGGAACUCAUAAACGUGUCCUUGGACCACACGUUGAAGUUCACGAAACACAUCGACAGCAAGAAGGAGCAACCUAUCAAUUCUGGAUGACGGCCUCGACAAAAGUUGGUGAAGGCGAGAAAACUGCUGUAGUCAGUGUUCCCCCAAAUAAUAAAGUCCCUGCCAGAAUAGUGUCCUUCAGUCGGAUUAUCGUCACACCUUGGAAAGAAAAUCUAAUUCUUCCAUGCAGAAAGGUGGGUGAUCCUUCUCCAGUUACCGUCUGGAGACAGGACGGCCAUUCAAUGGAGACAAGUACACGGAAAUCCAUUGCUAAGAAUGGAACUCUCUACAUAAGGGACUGCCAAAACAGCGAUGCAGGCAACUAUAGCUGCAGCGUAGAAAACACGUGGGGCAAGGAUGAAAUUAUAUACCAUAUUGUAAUCAAAGUUCCGCCAGAUCCUCCAAACCUCACGGUCAUCAGUACAUUUACCGACAGUCUUCAUUUAGAAUGGACAGACAAUAACAACGGCGGUAGCCCAAUCUUGGGCUACGUUAUAAACUACAAGCGCGACAACGGCGACUGGGAAGAACUUCAAAUUGAUUCGAAAACCAAUUCCCAUCUACUGAGCAAUCUAUGGUGCGGCACCAGAUAUCAGCUCUACAUUACUGCCUACAAUAAAAUUGGAACUGGUCUACCCUGUGAUAUUGUUAAUACAUUUACUAAAGGAAAUGCUCCUGUUCAGCCGAAGCACUCGCAGAUGAUCACCCAUAACUCUACAAGUGUGACCUGCUGGUUGGACUCCUGGGGAGAUGGAGGUUGUGCUAUUCUUUAUUUUGUCAUCGAGAGUCGAUUGUAUGGACGGUCUCAGUGGAACAUAAUAUCAAAUCAUAUUGCUCCAACUGAGAGGAUUUAUACCGUCGGAGAUUUGGUGCCUGGUACCAAAUAUCAGCUGCGAGUCACCGCUCAUAACAAUGCUGGACCAACUACUGCAAUUUAUAACUUUACAACCUUGUCUCCACAAGGAGUACUGUACAAUCCGGACCAUACGGUUCCGGUUUCGCAUAUAAGCGACAGCCCAUUCUAUGCUAACCUAAAAGUGCUUCUUCCAAUUUGUUUAUCAAUUUUCAUCCUUCUGGGACUUGUGAUUGCUGUACUGCUGAUAAGGAGGAAGAAACUGAACAGUCAAAACCGUCUGCCAUCAUCGUCCAUGUCGGAGUCACCAUCAUUAGCCAAUCUGCAGAACAAACAAAAUCGAGAUCAGCAAUACUUAGCUGUCCGUUGUAAUCCUGGCAACCGUAACAGUAAUUCCAACGACUCGGGGAGCUUCAAGGCGGAGGGCAAUGAGUAUAUCGAAGAUAUUUGCCCUUACGCCACAUUCCAGUUGAACAAGCAAACCUACAGUGAGAGUUCAUACAGUGGAAAUGUAUAUAGCGGUCCAUACCACUCCGUAAGAGGAUCUUUUGUUUAUCAUGACGUCAAACCAGAUAGUUAUAAUAAUAAGGAGCCAGAAUACACGAAGGUGCGACGAAAAGGUGGCCGUCUCAGGGAUCCGCAUUCGGAAAGCCAAGAAUCGGACAAUCCUGGUUCAACAGAUUCCGAAGUUAGGAAAAUCCUAACACUUCACAUACCAAUUACAGAAUACGAUACAUUGGGCUCGGAAUCGGACAACGAAGUUAGUUCACGCGCUGUGAAUCAAGCUAAGUAUAGGCCACAAAGAGAUACCCAAGAUGAGACCUCGUCAUCAUCAGAAACAACCCCAACUAGUAUAUCGCGGAAAUCUAAGCCACCAUUUUCUUCGCGAAAAUCAGCCAAGUCGUCCCAAAAUGCCCCGAAAAGGCAUGUAAGGAGUUCUAGUGGAUACUCAAGUCAUAAUGAGGAAACGACCUUUAGUAUAUCGAAUUACAACUCAUACGACGAUCACAUCAAUCCACCCCCAAGAUUCUCCGACGGAAACGAUAAGAAAACGGGGAAUUCCCCAAGAAUACGUGCCAAUUCGAAACUGCAACGUGAAGCUUUCCAGAUAAAUGUCUAGUAUUAAGUCCAAGCAUUAUUGCAACAAAGUACACAAUAUUAAUAACGGAUAAUAUUAACAGUGAAAGAUGAAAAUAUUAACACAAAAUAUUUAUUAAUUUAAAUGAAUAAGAAUUUAAUUUGUUCAAUACGUUGAAUAUGUGCGAGAGGCAGCAAGUAAAGAAAAAUAGUUAUUUCUCCUUUUCCAUUUUUUAGAUAGUUAUUAUUGAAAAGAAGAUUUGAAGUUUAUUUCAAGCAGUUUCUAUCGGAGGAAGUAAUUCAAACAAUUGUAAAUAGUGAUAGAUAUAUAACCAAAGCAUUUAUGAAAUGUGAAAAGUUGAUAAUAAGAAUAUCAUGGGGUUGAAAUCAUACUUCAUCUGAUCUUAGUGAACUUGCAAAAGUUGCCGUAGAAGUUUACCUCCCAAUUUUAUUGAAAAUGAAUUUUAUAUUGAACCAUUGAUCACAUAUCUCGAAACGUUUCUAUGUAAUGUUUUGGCCAAAGGACACUAACAUUAGUAUCAUUUCGCCCUUUACAACCAGAGCACUUUUACCCCGAAAUUUAAGGAAAGUUGAGCCGAAAUUCCAACAACAACCUGGUAGUUCAAUAAGUUUUGCGGUUCGAUAAGAAAAACACAAUUUUAUGGUUUGAAAUACACUUUAUUAUUCAGUAUAGUCUUCGUGAACAUCAAUACAUUUGCUCCAAUGAGGCUCCAAUAUGUGAAUUCCAUCCCUGAAGUAAGAAUCUGAAAGGGCUAAAAAAUACGCUUCCUCAGCUGCUAUGACCCCAUCAUUUGAUGCCCAGUUGCCUCGACCUAUAAUACUUUGCCGGACACUGUCCCAGGACGUGUAUAGAGGUUUCAACCUCAUCCUCACAAAACCUGCAGACAGUAUCCGUAGAUAUCCCUAGCUUCCCUAGGUGAUAGUUCAGCCGACAAUG